UGGAGGAAUGCCGUAACUAAGGGAGCCCAAGUCCACAUAGGGGGAAGGCCAGCCAACUACUGUGGACCCCUCUACUACGAGCCUACCCUCCUCACCCGUGUUCACUCCAACAUGGACAUACUCACACAGGAGAUAUUCGGUCCUGUCGUGGUCUGCAUUCCGUUUGAUACUGAAGAAGAGGCGAUCACGUUGGCACACGACACGACACCAGGGUCUGGCCGGAUACUUCUUCACACAAGGAUAUGGAGCAGAUGUGGCGAGUGGCUCGGAGACUGGAGGUGGGCAUGGUGGUGGGUCAACGGUGCGCAGCUCUCCUGCCCUCAAGUGGCCUUCGGGGGCAUCAAACAGUCUGGCUUCGGCCGCAGAGGGAGCUCACUUCGGCAUUCAUGA